AUGGGUAGCCACGAAGACGACUUCGACACCGACGGCUCACGGCGCCGAUAUAAAGCACCCUACACGGCACACCACCCCAUCCCCACGAUCCAGAAAUACAAGGCCGAGCGGAGCGAGUUAGAAGGCCAGCAGAAACAGGCGGAACACGCUCAGAAAGACGAGGCCGACGAUGGCACGGUCAAAAGGGCUUACCAUGCCGCCAAGGGCAUCUUGACGGGCGAGGAUCCUGCUCCUCGUUCUGGCCAUGAUCCCUAUGCCACGGAGAACAGGAAUGUGCAGGGCACUGGCACGGGUCAUGGUGGGCAGGAGAAACAUUCUGGUCCUGGAGGAGAUGGAAGUGACGAUGCAGUCUCACGCCCACAAUCCCAGGUGCAGUCGCAGCCGCAGUCGCAGAAUCAACAGCCGGGGAAUUUCCAAAAUGGGAGGACUGAGAGUCAGGACAAGAGCAACACCAGUCAGAAGUCCGACCAUAAGGGUGGAAAGUCUGCCACCGAAGCCGUCGCAGGACACCACGACCCUCGACAGAAACGAAAGGACAUGAAACACAAUAAACGCGAUGACGGUGGACGAGAAGUGACCGAUCCCAUCACACACUUGCCCAUUGUGAUUCGCGACUCGACACACAAAGAUCUCAAGUCGACACCGGAGAACGAAGUGGCUUCUGGAAAUGUACCACGGACCAGUACGGGCCUCAGUGGUGCCAGCAAGUCAACGGACCAACUUCAGAGUGAGAGGUCCGAGCUGCAGAAGAGUCAUGAAGGCAUGCAGAAGUUGUUUCCGCCGCCCAGCUUCGAGGACUUGAAGCUGGAACUGUCCAGGACGUAUCAGCUGGCACUGACCGUUGGACUCGGUGCUGUAGUGCUACUGGUCUCCUUGGUGUUGACUGCCGUUCAGCUAUUUGGACUGAGUUUCAGACGGUCUGACGAGAGCAGCAGCAGGAGCUCAUAUCUCUACUCCAUUAUACCGACCGUGGCGAUUUUAUCAACAUCAGUCGGAAUUGGAAUUGCCGUCGUCCUUGCAACGCGGAGCUGGCUUGGCAAAAAGGUCGAAGAGGUCUGGAAGGAUGAAGUGUGGGAUGCCGCGAGGUCGGAAGAACUCGAGGUGAAUGAUUCUGAAUCUAUUGUGCCCGAAUCCGUGGCGUGGUUGAACAAUCUUCUGGCCGCUGUGUGGCCCUUGAUUAAUCCUGACCUCUUCACUUCCAUCUCCGACAUGCUGGAAGAUGUUAUGCAAGCUUCUCUGCCCAAGGUGGUGCGUAUGGUCAGUGUAGAUGACCUCGGACAGGGCAGUGAGUCUUUUCGCAUUCUCGGUGUCAAUUGGCUUCCCACAGGUGCUGCUAGUCAGACUGUGGAUUCUGAUGGCAAUCUAAAAGAGGCUAGUAAUGAGAACGACAAUGAUCGUGCCGCGGGUGGUCAGGGACAGAUCGAUGAUGGCAACUCUGACAACAAAGGUCAGGAGAGCCCAGACGAAGAUCAAGAUUCCAAGGAUAGCAAACUGGACGAGCAGCAAAAGGAACAAGAACAGCAAGCUAUUCGGGAAGGUAUGGAAGCUGAACAGGGUGACUUUGUGAACAUGGAACUUGCAUUCGCAUACCGGGCUCGCUCUUCGGGCAAGUCCAUCCAAGCCAAAGCAAAAAAUGCCCAUUUAUACCUCAAGUUCUACCUUCCUGGGGGUAUUGCAGUUCCUAUCUGGGUCGAGUUGCGAGGCAUCAUCGGGACAAUGAGACUACGAUUACAGCUCACCCCAGAUCCUCCAUUCUUCAGCCUGUGCACACUUUCGUUCAUGGGCCAGCCACAGGCUGAUCUAUCCUGCGUUCCACUUUCACGGCACGCCCUGAAUUUGAUGGAUAUUCCUCUUAUCUCGUCCUUCGUGCAGUCAUCCAUCGAUGCUGCACUGGCAGAGUAUGUGGCGCCCAAAAGCCUUACACUCAACCUCAAGGACAUGCUCGUGGGCGAUGAUUUCAAGAAAGACACUGUCACUCGAGGUGUUGUCAUGAUCUACAUCAAGUCUGCAAGUGGGUUCAAGGAAGGAGAUGGUGGUAUCGGUCCUUUCAGGGGUUCAAGUGAUGCAUACAUGACAGUCUCAUGGGGCAAAUUCGGAAAGCCAGUCUCAUCAACUCGCGUCAUCGUUGACGACCAGAAUCCUAGCUGGCAUGAGUGGUCACAUAUUCUGGUCACCCCGGAAGAGUUGAACGCGGACGAGAAAUUGCGGUUGCAGCUUUGGGAUUCUGACAAAUACACUGCUGAUGAUGACUUGGGUCGUGUCGAGGUCGAUCUACGUGAACUCAUGCAUAGUGAUAAGACCAAGAACAAAAUGUGCGAUCGUGAAGAUCGUUUUGUGGGCGAGGAGCCCGAUGAAAAGAUGCCGGGUUCCGUUCAGUGGAGUGUAGGGUAUUUUGAAAAGACCAAGAUCACAGAAGAACAACUUGCGAAGCAGACUGAAGACCCCGAUAUCAAGUCGAUCGAAGACCUCAAGAAGCAGGUCAGCGACGCCGCGGAGCAUAAGUUACGUGAGGCUACGGCCCAGAACGAAAGCAAGGAAAUAAAGCAGCAGAAACAAGAAGACUACAAAGAACGAGAGGAUGCGUUGAUUAUAUCUGCUCCGCCUCCGAAUGAUCAUCUCAGCGGCGUUUUCAGUAUUCAGAUUCACAAUAUUACCGGACUCGAGGUGGAGUCGUUGAACAAGAAGGACAAGAAAAAGGGUGAAGGUGAUAGAGAGGAUGAGGCAGAGCAGUCUGACGACCUCCCCAGCAGCUAUGCCACAAUUAUUCUCAACCACCAAAAGAUCUACCGGACCAGGACGAAGCCGAAGAACGCGAAACCAUUCUUCAAUGCAGGCACAGAACGAUUCAUUGCCAAUUGGCAGACUGCAGAAGUCAUGAUUUCUGUGCGUGACGAUCGCGAAAGAGAAGACGAUGCACUGCUCGGCAUGGUCUAUCUGCCUUUGCGAAGAGUUUUUGAGAAGAGAAGUCAGGUUAUGGAGUCCUAUCCACUGGUUGGUGGUAUUGGCUAUGGAAGAGCGAGAAUCAGUAUGGUAUGGCGAAGUGUGGACUUACAGUUACCCAAGGAAUUGCUUGGUUGGAACUAUGGCACGCUUGAAAUCCACUGUCCUGUCCGAGCCAAGUCGACGGGUAGUGGCAACAUGGAUCAGUCUUUUAUGCAACACCGCAUCAAACUGCGCACUGCAUUGAUGCGUGCCAAGAUGCAGAAGGCGGGCGAUGGCAACGAUGGCACCGUCGGUGAAUGGAAGCCGAAGCGAGAUAAGAAAUCUGUCUUUCUCGCCGUACGGAAACGAUAUGCCAGUCCACUGAUCAUCGAAUUCCGUAAAUCCUCGCUGGGACCAGAUUCGACGCCUGCAUUUGCCGUCUUCUGGCUGAAGGACAUACCCGACGAAGAAGAGAAGACUGUCACCAUCAAAGUCUGGAAAGGUGGAAAGGAGAACUUCCAGCGAGCAACUUCUAGCUACGGAUACGAGGGAAUCGAGGAGAACGAAGAACCGCUGGGUGAGAUCGAGCUGACGAUGAAAUUCUGGAGUGGGCUGAGCGGAUACCACAAAAACUUCGCGAACAAAGGCCGCAACACGGACGUGCGAAACGUGAUGGAAGUGCUCGACACGGCCAACGACGAAGGGCAAGUCUCAGACGGCUCGGAAGGCUCUAGCGAUACCGACUCCACCUCCUCCUCGACCACCGACCUCUCCCCAUCCAACAGCCGAGACCACAAAAAACUCCGCGCGCACACGAACGACACGUCCAGCGAUAGCGACUCGUCCGACGGCGGCGAAGACCAGCACCCGUCGAAGAAGCUCGCCAAGACGCCGAUCGCCAAAGCGAAGGAGGUGGUCAACAGCCUCGUCGACGUCGACGGCCACAACGACGCCAGCGACGGCGAGCGCGGCGCCCGCGCCCAGGUCCGCGACUACAAAGACCACCACAAGCAGCUGCACCGCAAGCAUCGCGGCGUCAUGCAGUGGAAGGGCGCGCGGACGUUGGAUUGGAUGGCCGGCAAGGCGAAGAGAUCAAAGGAUCGCGUCGGGGAUGUGUUCAGGCAUGAUGAUGAUAAUAAGGCCGGGGGGAUUGAGACGGAGGUUUGA